AAUAAUUUCAACUUCUUAUAUAAAAGUGUUAAAAAUAAAAUUAAUAAACUGAAAAAAUCAAUUUUUUCAUUCGAUAUGAGCGGUUUAGGACCGGCUGCAUGCUGGUUAGCUCAUAAAAGAUUAGAAUCAUGGUCACGUAUGGCCAAAGAACGUGUUGGUGCUGUUAGACGUGCAACAAUUGAACGUAGUUCAACUGAUGAAACACCAUCAACACCACCACCACCACCAACACCAUCAUCGAUUGCAUCAUCAACAACAAGUGGCUUAGGUAGUGGUGGAAGUUUUAGUGGUGGUAGCUGUGAUUUACAAACUGAUUCAGAGGAAUGUAAUGUUACACGUGAUCCUCAACCAGUUCAACCACCAACAUCUGUUGCUGCACAUGGUAUUAAUACUGAAUUAUUACGUGGUCCAAUUGAAAUGUCACCAAGUCCAUUACAUCAACAUUUACAACAUCAAAGUAAAUCAUUUCCGCCACGUUUACAAAGGACACCAUCAAUUUCUAGCCAAAGUAGUUUAGAUAGCGCACCAUCCAGACAAUCAGGUCAUCGUGGCUCAUCACCCCAAAUUCGAACAUUUGGUCCAGAUGGGCGAUCAUCUUUAACAUCCGAAUAUGGAAGUGUUCAUCGUUCUCCUAGUCCAAUGAGAGCUAUUAGCCUUGAUGCACGUUGUUCAUCACCAGCUUCAACUGAAUUAACUGACCUGAGAACACCAUCACCAUCACAAAAUAGUUUAGCAUCAUUAACAAGUGGUACAACAGCAAGUGGUAUAUGUAUAUCACCAAAAAUUAGUGGACGUUGUUUAUCACCAUUAUUAAUACCACCAAGAACACCAGCUGGUACUGAACAAGGAUGUGGACCAGCAUCACCAUUAGGUGCAAUACAACCAGAUUUAUAUACAAGACAAGAAGGUCCAAUAUAUUUAACGGCACCAGAACAAAGUCCAGCAUUAGGACGUUUACAUUUAAGAAUUAAAUAUGAUCAUCAUUUAUUUGAUUUAACUGUUCACCUGAUAGAAGCUCAUAAUUUAUGUCCAAUUGAUGAAGGUGGUUUUCGUGAUCCAUAUGUUCGUUUAAUGUUAAUACCAGAAGUUGAUCAAAGAAAAAGACAAACAUCAAUUUAUCGUGGUGAAUCAAAUCCAUAUUUUGAUCAACAUUUUAAAUUUCCAGUAUCACGUGAUCAAUUAUCUGGUAAAGAAUUGGUAUUACAAGUACAUGAUUAUGAUCGUUAUUCGCACAAUGAUAUCAUAGGUGAAGUGAGAAUUUUAAUUGAUGAAUUGGAUUUAUCGAAAUCGGUUGAGAUCUGGGGUGAUGUUCUUCGUAUUAAGAAACCUCCAGAGGAUAGACCAGAAUUACUUUUGUCAUUAAAUUAUUUACCACAAGCUGAACGCUUAACAGUUGUCAUAAUGAAGGCUAAAAAUUUGGAUACUGUUCAAGAUCCAUAUGUAAAGCUUUAUUUAAUUCAAAAUGGUAAAAGAGUUAAAAAGAAGAAAACUGGCUGUGGAAAAGCUAAUGAUCCAGCAAACCCAAUAUGGAAUGAGGCAUUUACAUUUAAUUUACCCUCUUCAAAUGUACAGGGUGCGGCAUUGGAGAUUUAUGUUGUUAAUGCAAGUGGCGGUGAAGCUAAUGCUAUCGGUAGUUGUGGUAUCGGUCCACAAGAAAUGGGACAUGGACGUCAACAUUGGCAGGAUAUGAUACAUAAUGCUCGUAAACCGACUGCUAUGUGGCAUUUUUUAAGAUAAGUCCAAAAAUAAUUUUUUAAAAAAAAAAAAACAAAACAAAAUAUUUUAUUUAUAAUAAUAAUUGCAUAUU